AAUGCGUUUAUUGUAUAAAUAAAGUGUUCCGCAUCUGUACAGGAGAUAAAAACAACUUCCCCUUAGUAAAGCAAAGCGUGGGGCGCCGGUACCGCCCGGGUGUGUGCGUAGGGCGGUGCUGGAGUUGAGCGGUCAAUGCCGGGUGCUGUGCUCCACUCUGUGUAAACUCGGAGAGAGCAGCGGAAGUUGUCGAGGAGCCCGAGUGGAGGAGUGAGGCGGUGGGACCUGGAGCCGGCGCUGGUGGAGAGACCGGUGGUAACGAGGAUCCAGAAGGCUCCAGAGGAGAUAAGAUUAUCGACCAUGAAGCUUGUAUCACUUUGAGAAUUUGAGCAAAAUGCACAGUAAUGUGAAUCAUGGGACGAAACACAUGGGUCAAAUUUUGCUGAGGACACUUCACCAUCCAUCCCAAUCUGGAGAGCCUUCAUUGCACUUCCUCUUUUGCAAAAAGCAAAACCAGACCUGUAUACAAUAUUCCAGUUGCAGUUUCAUCAGGAUCCUGUAUAAUUGCAAAGUGGUGGCAGAACAUCCUGUUGGACUUGGAAGAGGAAUACUAUUUCAGAAAAGGACUCUAAGUUUCCAGAAGGAGUUCUCUUCUGAAGACAAAGACAUUGCGAAGAAAACAAAAAAUAUCGACACUAAUCUACUUGCUGCGCUUCCUAAAGUUUCUGAACUUCGAAAACUUUUUGAAGCUGGGCAGAAGUCCUCUGUGGAAAUGAACAGGAAAGAGAGAAUUGCGCGACGUUUGGAAGGAAUUGGAAGUGAGACACAACCAGUGUUACUACAGAAUUGUCCCGGGUUAGUUACUCAUCGCCUACUGGAGGAAGAUACUCCUAGAUACACACGAGCUUCCGAUGCUUGCAGUCCACCCUUAGUUAGAAGAUCAGAUAAGGAAGGCUCAGAACAUCAUCUUACUGAAGACCCCUAUUCAGAAAGGCAGUCAAGACCUAGGUGCCGAGGAGAGGUUAGACACAUGAAUGUUGAGUCCCCUUGCAUUGUUGGCAUGAAUAUCGAAGCAUUAGAUGCAAAAGCAGAGAGAAUAGCCAAAUACAAAGCUGAGAGGCGGCGGCAGCUGGCUGAGAAAUAUGGGAUUGCCCUGGACUCUGAACAUGAUGGGAGCAUUGCAUCCAAAUACUCGAGAGCAAGAAAGGAAAUUGAUCUAACUGAACAAGUGCCAUCACUGUCAGAAAAGUUUUUCAGCAGUGGCUUAACUAAGUUGCAAAGUUCCAGGGAUCAAAUAGUUGAUGAAGCAGAGACCUUGUCACCUGGUGCACCUGCAGAAAGAUUCUCCUCGGAUGGAAAUGGUUUCACAGAAAGAGAAACCCUACUGAAUGAAGAAAAUCAGAAAAAAGCACUUGAGAUAAGUGCCAAAGGAAAAAUUUUGGAAUCUUCAAAUAUCAAGGAUUCUACUGUGACUGACGUGCCAGACUCCCCACCAUCUCCUUGGAGAGUUUCACUUACAUCACCAAAGCAGUUCUCAGAAUCAUUUAAUUCAGUUAGUGAGCAAUCCCAAAGCUUGCAGAAUAAACAAGGCAACACAGUGAAAGUAAAGAAUGAAUGGUUCCUACAGAGAGACUCCAAUGGCGAGACACCUUCUCUCAUCAACUGGCCUUCCAGAGUAAAAGUUAGAGAAAGAAUGUUGAAAGAGGAAGGGAUUCGGAGCAGCCCUGAAAUAGUCAAAGGCGUCACUCAAGGAAGACCUCAGCAAAUGCCUGUUCAUUAUAUCUCCCUCGUGUCGGAAUCUCCAACUGUUACUACCGUUAGUAAGCCCAGUGCAGUCCACCAGCCACUUUUUGUUGAGCCAACUGAUCCUGUAGACAGUGCCAACAUAAUGACAAAAGAGUACAGAACCAGCAAAGUUGGUAAUCUUGUACCAGGCGGCAUUACCUUUGCAGCAAGAACUGACGAGGCAGAUAUCAUGGAACUUGGAAGAUCUGUUCAAAGUUCUGAAGCAAAACUGGAUGAGUCUGUUGGCACCAGGGACUUGUUGAAAAGCCGUAAAGCAGUUUUACCUUCUCAAGUUCGCAAGCAAGAAAAGGUUCUUGAAGACACUGUCUGUGACACGAGAGUGGUACAUUCACACACAUAUAUGGGAAGAAAUGAUGAAAAGUCAAGCUUUCAAAAGUCUCCUUUUCACAAAGCAAUCAGCGUUGUACCAGAAAAAUCUGAUGGGCCAGAAUCUUGUCUACCGGCACCAUCUGCUAUAGACAGGAAUAAACCUAUUGAUGCUAAUCAGAGAAGUGAAAAAUCCUUGUACAUUCAGAAAAGGGCUGUGGUGAAUUCUCAUACAGAUAUUGAAAGAAGAAAAGCCCAAUCCAGGAAGCUGUCCAUUGAGAAACAUCAACCGCACAAUGAAGUUCCAAACGGUGAAGGACUUCGGGACAUCAGUGCCGAUGGAGAUGCUGGUAUUGUUGACACGAGGGUGUCUGUUGCCAAACUUCGAAGUGCCUUUCUGGAGACGGCCAAAGCCAGCAGAAGCCAGGACCUUGCAGCUAAUGUUGACUUAAUGACGUCGGGCCUUGAUUUGGCCGCCCCUGCCGAAAUGGAGAAGGCCCAUCGUAGGCCAAGACGUUACAUUUCCUUUGGUGAGAAUAGGAAGACCUCUGAGAGGUUUAGAACACAGCCUAUAACUACAACAGAGCGACAAGAGACAGCUAGGCCAGUGAUUAUUGCACAAAUGGAAGCUACUGAAGAUGAAGAGAAAUUAGAUGAACGAGCAAAAAUGAGUGUGUCUGCAAAGAGGUCACUUUUCCGUGAAAUGGAAAAAGCAACAAAGGCAAUGGAAACAUCUCUGGCUCCCAAACCUCGGUCCAGGAAUUCAGCAGUGGAACGACGAUUACGUCGUAUGCAAGAUCGUUCUCGUACGCAGCCUGUCACACCUGAAGAAGUAGUCAUUGCAUCCAGACUACAAGCAUCAGCACAGAAUACUGCGGGAGAACAGAAGGGGAAUGAAGCCAAAGAAUUGACAGAACAAGGUCAGCAUGAAGAGCCAGACAUCUCCACACUGAGUCUGGCAGAAAAGAUGGCCCUGUUCAAUCGCCUUUCGCAGCCUGUGACCAAAGUAAAAGCACCAAGGAACAGAAGUGAUACUAGACAGAGACGGUCAAGUGCCCGAUAUCAGACUCAACCAAUUACACUAGGUGAAGUUGAAGAGGUGCAAAAUGGCAAUGGAAUGAUAAGACCCUUGUCACAAUCUCUGGUAAAGACGAUGGCCAAUCAGACUGCUACAGUCUCCACAACCUGUGCUGGUGACCUACACCUUGGAAAGUCUUCCUCUACUGAGGACAGUUUACAUGUCACCCACUUGUCAGCAGCAAAAUCCAUUCUUUCUUCCCAAGAUAUCUCAAGUAGGAGUCCACUUCCAUCCGAACUCAUGCACUCAUCUCAAGAAAAAGUAUACGGAUUCAGUGGCAUGUUCAAAGAAGGUGUUGGAGAGGACUACAAAAAUGAAGGCAAACAAGAGGUGCUGCAACAGAGAAGCAAAUAUAAUGAUAGCUUUACAGAAACUCCGCCUCAGGAAGUCACUGGGAGGAGUAUGGACAGUAAGUAUGGAACCCCAGAAAGACAGAGUGGUGAGCAGCUGAGUCCAGAAACCAUGCUACAGGCAGCUGAAAGGGAAGAGACCAUGAAAUUAGAAAACUUAAAUGAGAACUGGGAAACUGCAGAAAAAUGCUUUGAUGAACAUAUUGAGAACAAGGGAGCUAUGACAGAGUGUGUGGAACAUGCUUCUGAAAUGAAAACAGGAUCGGCUACAACAUUAACUGCAUUACAAGUUUCUGCUGUAACGUCCUCCAGACAUAGUUCAUGUCUGCAGCCAGCCACGCAAACAGAAAGUAAAGUGCCUUAUGAUCAGUCAGAAACAAUUUCUACUGAAGCCAGCCGGAUUGAAAAAAGUGAGGGGAUCUCAGAUUUCACUACUGGAAAAGCAAUGUCCAUAAAAGAAAGGAUGGCUUUGCUGAAGAGAAGUGGAGAAGAGGACUGGAGGAACAGAAUUAACAAGAAACAGGACAGUAGCAAAAUGACCAUGAUCAGCCGCUAUUCUCAGUAUCACGAAACAGAGCAAACUUACAUCAAAAAGAGGGUGACAGGUGAAGUGGAAGCGCAAAUGACAAUAGAAGAAAGAAAGCAGCUCAUAACGGCGCGGGAAGAGGCCUGGAAGACGCGGGGCAGAGGAGCAUGCAAUGAUUCCACUCAGUUUACUGUAGCUGGAAGGAUGGUAAAGAAAGGCUUGGCAUCGCCCACGUUCAUGAGUCCACUCUCCUCGCCUCUUUCACACAAGAUGAAGAACAGUGCGCCAGUCAUUUCCAAGCCACAUGAAGAAAUUGAGGUCAGACCUGAUUUGCAGUUGGAAAGUGACAGAAAGCUUGAUAAAUUGGAGUCAUUCCUGGGUAAACUGCACAACAGAAUACCAGGCCAUCAGGAUGCUGUCAUAACUGUAACUGGACAGUCAGUGAAGGAAGUAAUGAGACCUGAUGAUGAAGAAACCUUUGCAAGGUUCUACAGACACGCGAAUACACUUGUCAUUCAGCCAGGAGCUGUGGAGAUUGACGAGGAGGAUCUUGAUGCCAUCUUUGAUCCCGAUGUACCAAAACUAACCUCUGCAGUAGCAGAACACAAGCGGGCCAUGAAACCCACACGCAAAGUACAGUCUUCACGUAAUCCACUUAAAAUGCUUGCUGCCAGAGAUGACAUCCGGCAAGAAUAUACAGAGCAGCGAUUGAAUAUUGCAUUUAUGGAGUCAAAGAGAAUGAGAGUAGAAAAAAUGUCAAAAAACUCGAACUUUUCAGAAAUGGCAUUAGCUGGGCUGGCUAGCAAAGAGGACUUCAGCAGUGUCAAUCUCCGUAAUGUGAAUUCAACAGAACAAGUGUCAAACAACAGCGCGGUGCCAUACAAAAAGCUGAUGUUGCUGCAAAUUAAAGGUCGGAGGCAUAUCCAAACCAGAUUGGUAGAACCAAGAGCAUCAUCGCUGAAUAGUGGAGACUGUUUCUUGCUGCUAGCUCCUCAGCAUUGCUUCCUGUGGACAGGAGAAUUUACCAAUGUGAUUGAGAAAGCUAAGGCUUCUGAGCUGGCAUCGUUUAUUCAGACUAAAAGGGAUCUUGGUUGCAGAGCACCAUAUGUGGCUACAAUAGAAGAAGGAAUUAACAGCCAUACAAAAACAGCCAAAGAUUUCUGGAGACUCUUAGGUGGUCAAUCAAGCUACCAAGGAGCAGGAAAUCCUGAUGAAGAUGAGCUGUAUGAAAGUGCAAUAGUCGAAACCAAUUGCAUUUAUCGUCUAGUAGAUGAUAAACUUGUCCCUGACGAUGACUUCUGGGGAAAGAUACCACGUUGUUCUUUGCUUAAUUCAAAAGAUGUGCUGGUGUUUGAUUUUGGCAGUGAGGUGUAUGUAUGGCAUGGGAAAGAGGUCACACUUGCCCAACGAAAAGUAGCAUUCCAGUUGGCAAAGCAUUUGUGGAAUGGAACUUUUGAUUACACAAACUGUGACAUCAACCCUCUAGAUCCAGGCGAAUGCAAUCCUCUGAUACCAAGGAAAGGUCAAGGUCGUCCUGAUUGGGCCAUUUUUGGCAGGCUGACAGAGCACAAUGAAACUAUUUUGUUUAAGGAAAAGUUUCUGGACUGGCUUGAUUUAAAGAAGCCCUCAGCAAAUCUGCAGCUGAAGAAGAACAGAAGUCAGUUCCAGUAGAAAGAUGAGCAUGGUAUUGACCUUAAACCAUAUGAUGUCACCUUGAUGAUUCCUCUCACCACCCCAGUUGGAACAGCACUGGAUGGGCUAAAUAUUGGGCGUGGUUAUGGAAUUGUAGAGGGCGAAGAUGGAAGGCAGUUUGAGAUCACUAAUCUCUCAGUUGAUGUGUGGCACAUACUUGAAUUUGACUACAGUAGAUUACCCAAGCAGAGCAUUGGACAGUUUCACGAAGGAGACACGUAUGUGGUGAAAUCGAAGUACCUGGUGAGCACCACAGUUGGCAAAAGGCAAAAAUCUGAGCUUGUUCGAAACACUGCAGUUGGAAAGGAGAAAUGUGCGUACUACUUCUGGCAAGGCCGUCACUCAACUGUGAAUGAGAAAGGGACUUCUGCUCUGAUGACUGUAGAGUUGGACGAGGAACGGGGAGCACAGGUACAAGUUCUUCAGGGGAAAGAACCACCCUGUUUCCUGCAGCUGUUUCGGGGAGGAAUGAUUGUGCAUGCUGGUAAAAGAGAAGAGGAAGAAGAAAGCUCACAAAGUGACUGGCGGUUGUACUGUGUGCGAGGAGAGCUUCCAAUGGAAGGGAAUCUGCUUGAAGUCGCUUGUCAUUGCAGUAGCUUAAGAUCCAGGACCUCUAUGAUUCUGCUGAAUGUCACCAAGGCAGUCAUCUAUCUAUGGCACGGCUGUAAAGCACAACCACACACAAAGGAAGUAGGAAGGACUGAAGCAAGCAAAAUCAAGAACUGUAAAUGUCCACUGGAGGCAGGUCUGCACAGUAGCAGCAACGUUACUAUACAUGAAUGUGAUGAAGGGUCUGAAGCUGUGGCAUUCUUUGAAGCUGGAAGGAGAGACCGAAAAGCCUAUGAAUGCAUGUUGCAAGAUCCUGGAAAAUUCAACUUCACUCCUCGACUCUUUCUCCUCAGUAGUUCAUCUGGAGAAUUCAUUGCCACUGAGUACUUGUAUCCUGCCAGAAAUCCUGAUAUGGUUAAUUCAAUGCCAUUUUUACAAGAAGAUCUAUAUACUGCUCCACAGCCAGCUUUAUUCCUGGUGGACAAUCAUCACGAGGUAUACCUCUGGCAGGGCUGGUGGCCUACGGAAAAUGAAAUUACGGGGUCUGCCCGGAUCCGUUGGGACACAGAUCGGAAAUGUGCAAUGGAGACAGUGUUACAAUACUGCAAAGUAAAGAAUCCUAAGAAGCCACCAAAGUCCUACCUGAUACAUGCAGGUUUUGAACCACUGACAUUUACCAAUAUGUUUCCCAGCUGGGAGCACAGGGAAGAUGUCGCAGAGAUUACCGAAAAGGAAGCUGAAGUCUGCAAUAAAAUAAUUUUGGUGGAGGAUGUAUUGCACAAGCUGUGCCAGACACAGUACCCACUGGCAGAACUGCAAGCCCGCCCUCUUCCAGAGGGGGUUGAUCCUUUGAAGCUUGAAAUUUACCUGACUGAUGAAGACUUCCAGAAAGCACUCGAAAUGACAAGGGAAGAGUUCAGUGUCCUCCCCUCCUGGAAACAAGUUAAACUGAAGAAAGCAAAAGGACUGUUUUGAGUAAUUUGUUGUACUGAACAUUUAUUUUUGGAAAACAAACAUGCUUAAUAAUGGAGCUUUCGCAGAAGAUCAUUUUGACAUCUGUGGUCUGGUCAGUGGAACACGGUAUAAAAAUAAAUUGCACAUUCAAGGGCAGUGAUGCCACUUUGUUGGGGGGCGGGGGGGAGAAAUCUUGUCAGUUCUGCAUGUUGAGGGGAGCUCUAUGGGUUUUUAACAGUGUUGACAUAAUGAGAUAGUGCUGUCACAUGCAUUUGACCUCAGAAUGCACUUACAAGCAACAGAUGCUAUUCAGCCGUGUCCUGCCUAUGUAUCUUGAAGGCGAUAUAUUUUGUAAAGUGUUACUUUGUGUGUAGCAGAUAGUAAAUCAUAAAGAGUUUAUAUUUAUAUAAUACAAUAUGAAAAGUGACUACAGUUUAAUGACUAAAUAUUUAAUUGUUAAUGACAUUAUAUUCACUUUAGAAGACCUUUGCAUUAACCAGAAAUUACAAUAGCUAGUUGAAACAAGCUGCUUGUACUGAGAUAAUGCCACAAACAAGUGGGGUUUUUUUGCAUUCUGAUAAUCAUGCUGUUGACUUCGGGCAUUGAAACAUGCCCUCAGUACUGUUAUGAACAAUAUGUAUUUAUGGUAUGAAGUAAUGGAAAAACUGCGCAAAUCAAGUAACUUUUUAUGUGAAUCUACAAAUGUAUAGUGCCUUGCUUUUGUGUACAGUUUAUACUACAUAGCAGAUGUCUGAAUUUUGAUGGAAGCAGGUGUUUAGAAGAAAAAGUCUCAUUCAGUUAACUUGUAAUAGUGGAGAUUUAAGCAUCUCUAUUUCUAAUACUCAUCAACUUAACAAACUUUUUUGUGAUACAGUUUAGAAAAAUAAAAGUUGACGAAUGGA